UUACAUUUUGUAGUUAUAUUAAUAAUUUUUCUCAAUUGAGUUUCAAUUUUUUAUAGAAAGAAUUAAAUUAAAUUAAAACAAGCAAAGAAAUAAAAUUGUUAAAAAAUUGUCAAAUAAAAAUUAAAAAUAAUUCAUUUGCGACACCUACAUUUAUUUUUUGGAGUAAGAAAAAAAUAGAUUGUGACUAUUGUGAAUGGUUUUGAAAUACGAAUCUGAAAAUUUACAAUAGAAUAAACAACAAACGAAAUAAGUAAAUUUUAAAUUUAAAUUGAAUUAUAGAAAUUUGAUGUAUAAGAAAAAAUUAAAAUAAAGAAGAAAACAAAAUGGGUUGCAAUCGUUUAAACUCAAAAUUUACCUCAAUUUUAAUAAUAGUUUUAAUAAAUUUUAAUAUUAAUUUAUAUAAAUGUGAAGAUUUAAUAGAUAAUAAUAAAAAUCCAGUAGUUUUUAAUAAUAUUAGUGAAACCAAAUUAAAAGCAACAACAAUAAUACCAAAUGACUUAUUAUUAGUAACAACAAUAGAUAAUAAUACUCUUCCUGUGGAAGAAUCAAAUUUUGCUGCCAAAAAUUUUGAUAAUUUAGAUGAGAAUGUAACGAAAAAAAUUGUUAUAUCAUCGAAACCAAAUGGUAAUACAACUGAUGAUGAAAAUGAGGAUGAAAUCUAUUCAACAAAACCAAAAUCAUGUUCGGAAAUGAAACGUGAAAAAUUACCAAAUCAACCAAUAAAUACAAUAAAUUCAUUAUUAAAAAAAUGUUGUCCAAUGGGCGAAAGUUUACAUCCAUAUGAUGGUCCAGGUGGUCGUAAAUGUGAUUAUGAAAAUAAAACAUUUGUACCAAAACUAAUAACAGCAGCUCUCUAUGAAAAUUGUAUUGAAGAUUUAGAAGAACAUUAUGAAUUAGAAGUUGAAGUUGGAAAUCCAUGUAAUGUCUCAUUUAUAUAUACGAGAGAUUAUGGUGAUCGAAUAUAUGUUAUGCAAAAUGGAAGUUUACUUAUUAUGGAUGAAUAUGGUAAUCAAUCAUUCGAUAUAUUUGAUGAUUAUUGUUUAGAUGUUGAUUAUCAAUCUGGUGAAUUAUUGGCAAUUGUAUGUGUAACACCAAUUGGUGCACAUAUUAGUGAAGCACAAACAAUAUUAUUUGCAGUAUUUAUGUUUGUAUCAGUAAUAUGUUUAAUAUUUGUUGCAUAUAUACAUUUUGCAAUACGUGAAUUAAGAACAGUACAUGGAUUAUCAUUGGGUUGUAUGUCAUUAUGUUUAGCAAUUGGAUUUAGUUUAUAUAUAUAUGCUCAAUUAAUACAUGGAGAUCGUGGCAGAAUUGGUUAUUUUGUACAAUUUUUCUUAUUAGCUUAUUUCUUUUGGUUGACAAUGUUAGCAUUAAAUAUUGUUGUAACAGUAUGGUAUUUCUUACCACGCUACAUUACUAUUACCAGAACAAUAAGAUAUUGUCGAUUGGGAAUUUACGCAUGUAUAGCUAGUUUUAUUCCAUUAUUUUUCGUUUUGAUUACAUAUAGUAAAAGACUUCCAGGAAUGCCAUCAUAUUUUUAUCAAGCAUGGAGUGAAUCUGUACAAGAAUCCCAAAGAUAUUUCAUACCACCAGUAUCUGCUUGCAUAUUUUCAACAUUUUGUUUAUUAGUAAUAAGUUAUUUUGGUUUUCGAAAUUGUGAUAAAAUUUUAUUAUUACGUGGUAAAAUUGAAUAUAGAUCAAUAACAAAUGGACGAUGUGAUGGAGAUAUGCUACCAGUAAUGGAUGAACAUUUCUUAGAAGAAACAAAACAAGAUGCAACCUGCAUAUCAAUACUGUUAGGAAUUAUAUCAAUAACAUGGAUUCUUGAAGUUAUAACAUUUUAUGCACCCGGUAGUGAUGAUUAUAUGGCAUUUAUGGAAAUUAUGAAUGGUUUACAAGGAUUUUUCAUAUUAAUGAUAUUUAUUGUUGGUAGAAAACGAAGAUCUGUAAUAAUAAGAUGGUGGCAUGAUAGAGGAUCACAUGAAAUAACACCGGUGCCAACAAGAGAACCAAAGGAAGCAGAAAAUGGAGUAUAAAAAUAAAACAUUAAAUUUCUAUUUUAGUAAAAUAUUACAGUUUAAAUACUAAAAUAUAUUAUGAAAAGAAAAAUUUAUGCUUUAUGAGAAUUAUUAAAAUAUAAGUAAGGAUUAAGUAUUUAUAACCACAGCUAUUAAAUUAUUAAGGAAUAGUAAAACAAAAUGAAAAUAGAAAUUAGUUAAAAAUAUUAUAAUAAUAUGACUAUAAUGACAAAAAGACUGUCAAAAAUUAACAAUUUGUCGAAAAAUUUUUUAAUCAGUCUAGAAAAACAAAAACAAA